AACCAAAAACGAAUUUUCAUGAUCAGGGUUGAUCAAGAAGUAUAGCCAUAGAAUAUACUCAUUAUAGAAAAUGAAGAACAUACAGUUUUCCUGUCAUCAAAUUUUCUAAUCUGUCGCAGAUCAUAUUUAACCGAUUUUAUUUAUAAGAAAGCAUUUAAAUUUGCCGCCAAUUUUAGUUCAAAACAUGGCGCCAGAAACGAAUGACAGAAAAACUGUGUUACUUGAUUUUCUAUAUUGAGUAUAUUCUAUGGUCAUGAUGAUUGUCAUUUGUGCGGUUUUGGGGCUCAUUGGGGUCCAGAAUGGGGGUUUGCUAGAGAUUUUAUUGAACAGGGAUGUCAGUGAGAUUUACAAAAUCGAAAACCCACGAGAGGCAAUUCUCAGGUCAAUGAACGUUUUGAGUAAAUUAAAAUUGACGAAAUAUCAGAAAGCUGUUAUUUGGGACGUGUUUAAGGGUGACAAAGACCCCGAAAAUUUAACAAGUGACGACUUAGAGAAAGUCGUUUAUCUAUUGCCCGCAAUCCCCGAAGGUGAUUUAUCAAAGUUAAACACAAGUGAUUGGAAAAUUAUUGAGAUUUUAGGCCAAAUUCGGGAUUUUUCGCGUCCCCAGAUUGCGGUAAUUGCUAAUUCGCUGCGAUUGAAAUGGAAUAAAAAAAUUCUCUCGAACGCAGACUUCAUUAAUAAAUAUUCGGGCCUCAUAUGCGGAUUCCCGGAGGAGGAAUUAUCAACAAUCCCGCAAACCGAGUUCAAAAAAAUCAAUUCGAGCGUCUUUUCAAAUUUAUUCACGUGUAGCGAAAGUCAGUUAAGAAUCUUCCAUGACCAUGCGGUUCAAGCUUAUGGAAUACCGCAGAGUUGGUCGGAAAAUGUCAUCACUCACAUUGGAAUGAUAAUUUUUGCGUUAUCAAAAACAGAAAUUCGGUCGUUGCAAGCGGCGGCUCUUAGAGGCCUUGACACGGGCUUAGUCGCCAAGUUCAGGCCUGAAAUCCUCGACUUUUUUACUUCAGAACAACUGAAAACCCUCAGCCCGCCCUCAAAACUCUUCGUUCCGGGGAAUUUCAACUCCGGCUCAAAUCACCCCAAAAUCUGGCUGUUCCCCUUGCCUCUUUACCUUCUUCUAAAAUGUUAAAAUAGAUGGACUUGUCCCUCCCGAAGGCUGUCAACGUGACCGUCUCCCACGGGACCCCCAUGUGCAAAUCCAGCGUGUGUUGUUCCCGGGUGCGCUCGACGCGAAUCCAUGUCGGUCCAUACCUGCCGACAGCCCCCUUACGACGAAUUCAAUCACAAAGGCAUACAUACCGGAAAAAAUGCGUACCUAUACUGGGAAUAAAGUCGUAUUUGGUCUUCACGUGGCCCGUUUCUUUUUGCUCAAAGCUGGUCUCCACGCUCAGAUGUUGCGUCGAGCGGGCCCCCUUCUCGGUCAUCCACUGUAGGAGCCAUUGGUAGGACUUGUCGCGGCAGGGGACCUCCAAAGUGAUCAUGUAGUGGCGUCGGAAGAGGAUGAGCGAGCCUUGGAGACCUUUGCGGAGGAGAGCCGCCCCGGCCCCCAGCCCGAACAAGCCGAAACCGGCCCCAAAAUAGGGGUUAUCGGAAAGGGCGGAAACGUACUCGAUCAGGGUCAUCAAGGUGGCUUAAAUCACAUAACCUCACUUUCCACCGGGAGAUAAAAUCCACGCAAAAUAAAUAAAAUGUACCCAAAUCAGAUGCUUAUGUAAUCGAAUUUAUUAAAAUAAUUAAAA